GGCGGCACUACGUCCUGGGAUGUUCAUCCCGGUGUGAUUUUCAACUACCGCAGACGCCAGGCAUUUGUCCAGAGACAUGCCUCAUUUGGCAGGAGUCGGGGCGCCUUUUCCUCAAGCCCUUGGGGAUUAUUCUUCUGCCUUCGGCCGCCAUUGAGGUCAACGGCACACGACUCGUUCGCGCGGAAGCGAAAGAGCUGCUGCAUCAGGACUUCGUCGUGCUCGGCCAGUCUUUCAGGUUCUUCGUCUUCACCAAGCCGGAUCCAACGGUACAAGCCCUCCUGUUCAGUGGCCGUGCAGAGGAAGGUGCAAACGACGAGUCCACCAACGCCGCCAUCAGAGGCAUCAUUGCCGAGCGGGCGUGCUCACCACUCGAAAUGGAACGGGCCAGACGAUACCUGCGUGCGUUGGAAGAGGACAUGGUGUCCAGUACUUCAUCGAAGGACGAGUUUUUGAAGCGUGCAAUGCAGGCGCGGAACAUGAUAGAGGAUGCCAAAGUUUUUUCCAAAGCGCUCAGGCCACAUGAUGGUUUGAGCUACGAGCUGCUGACUUUAUCGCCAGUGCUGUCACUGCACGAGCUGGGGACACCAAGUCUGUGCAUCAGAGUCUUGAAAAAUGCAAAUCUUGCUCCGACUGAAGUCGCACUCUGGAGCUUCAGCACGUUUCAGAGCCGACUGAACCUCAUGAAGAAUGCAUACAAUCGCACAUUUCGUCCCGCAACACCUGCACCGGAUGAUCCUUGGCGGGAGAUGACGGCUUUCUGGCCCGUGGGCGCAGCCGGCUACGAAAAUCACAAUGCUCAAUUGCAGCACCCUGUCGCAAUCAAUCCUCCCACUCCCGUCCCUGUCUACCGGACGCAACUGCCGGCUGCGACCAUUUUGAGCCCGCAGUGGAGGACACCUGUACAGCCAUUCCAGAUCGGUUUCCAAGCUAUUCCAUCGACUGUGUCCUACAGAAUCCCCUCGACUCCAGCGCCGUCCUGUACAUCAUCCCCGCGAACGGCUGCUCGAAGUGUACGAAACCUGGAGCAAGCAGCAUCAGCUUCACCCUCUACGCGGUACCGAGAAAUUUGA